AUGCAUCAUACUUUAACAACAUUGACAAGCAUCUGUGAAGAUGCUAUUAAUUCAACAAAUGUUGAACAAUAUGAUUUAAAACCAUUUAAUCGACAAUUAAUAAAUGAAGAAUAUUUAAAUAAAAUUUCCAUAAAUAAUGAUGAAUGUAUAGAUAAUUCAUUAUUAUAUUGUCCAACAACAAAUUUUAAACAAUUUUUUCGUUUAUCACAUUUACAUGUUUCACAUCCAGCACGAAGUUCACUUUGGUUUCAUCUUCUUCGUCAAGAUAAAACACGUCAUCAACAUAAAUUUCAACAAGCUGUUGAACGUUAUCCAGAAGAUAUACGAAAUAUGUUCGGUCGUCGAAAUGAUAUAACUGUUCGUCUUCCAUCAUGUGUCGAUGCUAAUCAUUUACCUCAUUAUCAUUUAAAUCGACGUGGUCAACAUGCUAUAACUCGAAUAUUAAGUGUAUUUGCUUAUUAUCAUCCUGAUAUAACAUGGGCACCAUUACUUGCACCAAUGACUGCUUUAUUUUUACAUUAUAUGACAGAAAUUGAUGCAUAUGAAUCAUUAUUAAUACUUACAAGUAGUGAUUAUAAAAUAAUAACUCAAACUGAAAUUCAAUAUCAAUCAUUAUCAUUAGCAUUUCGUACAUUAUUACGGCGACAUUGUCGUUCAGUUUAUGAAUUUCUUAAUAAACAACAACAAUCACAACAAUUAUGUCUAUUUGAUGAAUGGCUUUGGCUUAUAUUUGAACAUUUACCAUUUACAUACCUUGUACCAAUAAUUGAUUGUCUUUUAAUUGAAGAUAUGAAAAUUCUUAUACGUAUAAGUAUGACAUUAUAUCAUUUUUUUGUUAAAUAUGGUUCAAAUCCACAAAUAUUAUCAAUAAAACCUCGACGACGUGAUUCAAUAUUUCGUUUAUCAAAAUCUUCUCGUACAUCAACACGUUUGGAAUGUCAAACAUCAUUAUCAUCAUCAUAUAAAACAAAUUCAAAUAUUUAUGAAAAUUUAAUUUCUUAUGUACAACAUUUUGAUUUACCAAUGGAAAAAUUUUUUAAACAUGCUUUUGGUAUUUCUCAUUUACAACGAAAAGAAAUUUUUCGAGCUAUUGAGACUGAAGAAGAAAAAAUUAAAUUAGAACGUCGUCGUGUAAUACCACUUCUUCAUCGUUCAUCAUCAGCAGGUGAUCAAGUUACAUUAAAUCUUACAUCAAUUCCAAAAUCUCUUAUAAAUCGUCCAAUUCAACAUCAAAAUUCAAUGCCAAUAAUAAUGAUUCGUGAAUUUGAUUCAACAACAUCAAGUCAUUCAGAUUUUGCUUAUCUUUGGUCAUUAAUUCCAAGUCGUCUUGCUGAUUUUCAACCUGAACGUAUUUAUUCAUCAAAUAUUCAUGGUCGUCGUUUACAAACAUUAUAUGAUCAUGUUGAAUAUCAUGAAUAUUGUCUUAUUAUUAUACGUAAUGAACAUCAACAAAUUUUUGGAGGUUUUUGUUCUGAACAAUUAGCUAAUCGUACAAAAACACGAACAUGGUUUGGUACAGGUGAAUCAUUUUUAUUUACAUUAAAACCAGAACGACAAGUAUUUAAAUGGGUUGGUUAUCAACAAUCAAUAAAAGGUAGUAGUACAAAAGCAUAUGAAGAUUAUUUUAUAUAUGGUAAUGAUGAACGUUUACAAAUGGGUGGUAGUGAAGAACCACUUAAUAUUGGUUUAUGUAUACAACGUGAUUUCAAUGAAGGUAGUACAAGACGAUGUGAUACAUUUGCAAAUAAACCAUUAUCAAGUAGCGAAAAUUUUCAAAUUAUGGAAAUUGAAGUAUUUGGAUUUACACGAUGA